CAGGAAAGCUACUCUGAGUGUUGAUGUGUGAGACGAGGUAUGUCGUUUGCUAUCCGGUCUCUGUGCCCCGUCGAUGGAUUCGCCUGUUAGCACCGCCCUGCGGGGCGGCGGUGGCAGCAACUACACCGCGGACUCCUCAGGCCAGAGCCUCAUCAACCAGCUGGGCACCGCCUCACCUGCUGUGCCGAGGAUUGUUUCCAUAGUGACCGGCCUGGUGACUGCCACCGCAGAGGCCACAGCGCUCCCCACAGCAAACCUCACAGCAUUUAUCGGCCAAAGAGGGAGGCAGGAUCCGGCAUCGACCCCUUCGGUGCUGAGCGCCGCCAACAAUAACUCUGUCCUGCAGGGAAUCACGGUGGCGGCUCAGGCCCUGGUACUGCUCGCCAUCUUUCUGCUGUCCAGUCUGGGGAACUCGGCGGUCGUCAUUGUCAUCAUCAAGCACAGACAGCUCCGAACAGUGACCAACGCCUUCAUCAUGUCAUUGUCGCUGUCGGAUUUCCUCACCGCCGUUUUAUGCCUGCCUUUCUCUUUCGUCAUGCUCUUCAGUAAGGACGGCAUCUGGAUGUUUGGCGAUCGUUUCUGCGUUGCCAAUGGAUUCUUCAACACCUGUUUUGGGAUUAUCUCCACCCUGACUAUGACUCUGAUCUCUUUUGACAGGUAUUAUGCCAUAGUGAGACAGCCACAGGCUAAAAUCGGGCGCCAAAAGGCGACCCAGUUGUUGGUAGCUGUGUGGUUGACUGCAGUGAUUUUCUCUUUGCCAUGGUACCUGUUGGUUCCAACGCCAACACAGAUCCACAAGCAAGGCUUCUACCACUGCAUGUACGUGUUCCACUCUGGUACGUCACGCAUGGGCACGGCCUACAGCAUUAGUCUGAUUGUUGUCUGUUACUUACUCCCCUUUGCCUUGAUGUGCUUCUGCCAUUACAACAUCUGUAAGACUGUCCGACUUUCUGAAAUACGAGUCAGACCAGUGACAACGUACGCGUACCUGCUGCGUUUCUACAGUGAAAUGCGGACAGCCACCACAGUUCUGAUCAUGAUUGUUUUCAUCAUCUUUUGCUGGGGGCCGUAUUGUCUGAUGGGGCUGGUCACAGCAAUAGGGGACUACACAUUCAACCCCGCCAUGGAUACCGUGGCCAUCUGGCUUGCUUGGGCCAAUGGGGCCAUCAACCCCCUCAUCUAUGCUCUGAGGAACCCUAACAUAUCCAUGCUGCUUGGUCGAAGCAGAGAGGAAGGCUACCGGACCAGAAACAUUGCUGCCUACCUCUCCAGCCACAGUCAGAACCGCGAGAUUCGGCUCAACCAACCCGAGCGGAUCAGGGACCGCUACGUGAGCCGAGUGGGGAUGACCAACAACAGCCGGCUGUCCAGUUCAAGUCCCGGCAAAGCAGCAGCCGGAGGAGAGGUGGCCAUGUGGGCCUGUAAAAACCCUGCUGUGUUCUUCUGCAGGGACGCCCAGCACGACACUGCAGCACUACCCAACACUGUGGGCUCUCCGAAGAUGAAGACGGCCGACACCAGUCUGUGACUCCUGAGUGUUUUCACCAUCUCACGACUGUUUUUAAUCGUAUUUCUGUUUGUUGGUGGAAAUAUGUUUUUUAAUAGCUGGUAGUGUUUGUGUCCUGUCACGUCAUAUUCUGGGUGUUUAUGAGGUUUGACUAUAUAUCUCUUAGAAUUUAAGGAAUUAUUUGCGUGUACUGUUGAUGUGCCAAUGUGGUUGAUGCAAACCAGCAAGGUUAACAAGGUUGAAGGAUCAUUUUCACAACCUCUGAAAUCCCCCAAAUGAUCAAAUGUGAGCAUAUCACAGGUUUUAAGCAUCUUUCUUCUCUGAGCUGUGACAACAAAUAGCAAACAGAUUUUGCAAAGUAUUUCCUAAAAUAUCUGCAGAUAAUUGCAGGGAUUUCCAUGUUACUUAGCAUAGCAAAAACUACUGGCUCAAAUUCUAAACAUGCUAAACCUUUAUUUUUGCAGUGUAGUCUGUUAGUUCUUUCUUAGAUUUCUCAAACCCUUUUCCAUUUAAGUUCCUGUUCAAUAGAAAGUGCAAUAAAAUGCAUCCUCUGUACUUGUUUAAUGAGCUCCACCUUGGUUCGUGUCUGGUGACGUAAACAUUUCUGGACUGGUGGCAGAUCCAAAUAGAAAGUCACACAGCGUCAGUCAUCCUUACAUGCUUCAGAGAACUUGAUGCUUGCAGCUUGAAGAGUAUAUCUAGAUGUGAACUGAAGUAUCUGUCUAGCUUAGCAGCGCAAUCCAGUUACAAAGCUCUGCAAAACUGCCAUAUCAUCCAGGAGGCCUGCAUAGCAGCAUGAUCAUGUUCUGAAGAUACUGGUCUGUAAAAACAACACCGUUCCAAACGAAUUACAUUUCAAGGAGCCCUUCAUGUUUCUCACUACCCUUGAAGUAGCUCUCAUAUUGCAAAAGGUUGUUGACCAAUGCUGUAGACAUUUUUCAAGGCACACAUGCCAUUGAUUGUUGUUUUUUAAUUGUCUCUAAACGGUUGAAAUACUCUGUUAAAUACAGUCUACAACAUGAACUUUAGGCAAUUGCUUUGUGUGUUUUGGGCAUGUCACAGUCAAUUCAAUGGCGAUUUGUGACUGUGAGUAAAAAAAAGUUUUUUGCAACAAGUUCAAUAAACAAAGUUGUCUAAGGAAGGUGAUCUUUGAGAAUAUUUAACAUGUUUUAUGUAUAUUUGUUGAAACAUAAAUUCCGACUCCCCAUAGCUAAUGAGUAAACCUCGGUGUUUUAUAACUCUUUAUGGCUUCACUUUCCUCACUUGUAUGAAGCCAAAGUUUCACUAAAUUCAUAAUCUGAGUAUUGUUUUGUGUGUUUCGCCACCUUUGGCAGCAGAAAUAAAUGUACAUAAUGUUUACAUUGGAGGCUACGGUUUCACAUAUACAAACAAGUAACCAUUGGUGUGAAACAAGAAGACAUAUCAGUGAAGGAGGAACAUACACAGACAGGGUUUUCUAUAAAAUCAGACACCAAUGUUGAACCUCUGAAGGUCUUGUAUUGGCGGUCGAGUGAAGCCGUGAACGUACAGAUGGAGCCACCGGUGCCGCACCGAAUGGGAUUUAUGUGCCAAGACGCAAAUGUGGAGACUUGAGCUUGCCCUUCUGUGUAAACGUGUUUUUAUAUCAUUCUUUGUCACA